AUGUGUAAUAGUCAUUCAUUGAGUCAAUUCGUUAACAUUGCAACGUUGAAUGGGAGGACCCUUGACUUGGUUUUGUCCAAUGAAGAGAGCUUGAUCGAGAACCUGGAAGUAUGCUCACCCAUUGGUGGCAGUGAUCACGCAUCUAUUAUAUUCGCUAUCAACGCUCAUAUACUAAAGGACGAAGCAAUAACCAGGAGGGAUUUUGGUAAAGCGAAUUAUGAGAACAUUGUAUGCCACCUUGCGAGUAUUGAUUGGCUUGGCUCUCUAAAUUGUGCAAGCACGGUUGACGCGAAAUAUGAACUGUUUUUGGGCAUUCUCAUGGACUGCAUUGAACGUUACGUGCCAUUAGUAGAGAAGUCGCUUGGAGGUUCAGCCUUACCUCCGUAUCUUGCUAAUCUGACCCAGAGGCGUGAGCGGGCAUGGCAUAAGGCACGGAUGACUAAGAACUCGGCCGACGAAAGGGAGUUUGAGAGACUAAAUAGAAAGUUAGAAAAGAAACUCAAAAAAUUUAAUACAUCAGUCGAGAAAAAAGUUAUUAAUUCAGAAAACAAAGCAGCUUUCUUCAAGCUGUUGAAAUCACGGCUCACCCUGAAAACCAAGGCUACAGUGCUUGUUUCCCCUAGUGGGACCCCGGUCUAUGAUGACAAGGAUAAAGUGGAGUUAUUGGCGUCUACUUUCCAAGAAAACUUUUGUUGCCACCAUAGGGCCAUUGAGGAAUUACUACCCCAAGAAACGAAAUUUGCUCCCAUGAGUGAUUCCGUGUGGUUUUACCGUGACGAAAUUCUUGAGUUACUCCUCAAAUGGCCGGAAUCGAAUGCGCUCACGCCGGACCUUAUACCCCUUCAUUUCAUAAAAAGGGUGGCCCACUGUUUAGCUGGUCCACUUGAGUACAUUUUCAACUUGAGUUUCAUGAAUGCAGAAGUUCCUCGUCGAUGGACCCAUUGUGCAUUCGCUGAUGACUUAAAACUUUAUCAUUCCAUCGCUGAGGAUGACGACGCAAGAGAGCUCCAAGAAGCUUUAAGUAAAGUUGAAAAAUGGUCCGAAGAUUGGGAUCUGCCCCUUUCUGAAACCAAAACGAGUGUACUACAUCUUGGCAAACGGAGUGCUCGAUAUACCUAUGAGAUCAAAAACACAGCCCUAAAAACUGUGGACAAGGAGUGUAGCUCAUCUCACUUCCCACCGGUUGUUAAGAAUUGA